CCCCCCGAUCGGGAGGAGGGCCCAGCGAUGCGCUAUGACCGUGCCGCCUCCAUGUGGCUGCUGACGGCCCCGGGGGGAGCAGGCAUGGGGCGCGGCCGCGCCUCCCUCCCACCCCUCCUCUCGGACGGCUGGCUAGGCGAUGAGCAGACGUGAGGGGCCAGCCGGCCGCCCGGCUCUGCAGGACGCUGCCUGGCUCCUAGUUUGUCCACGCCCGGGGCAGGAGCGGCUGUGUAGUGGGCUCAGAGGCCGGGCGGACGAGCGCAAACCCCCGAAUUCGCUAUGGGGCACAACAGCAGCUGGGUGUCUCCGAACACCAGCCACCCGCGCAACACGUCGGGUGCAGAGGCUGGCGCCAACCGCAGCGGGUUCGGGGAGAUGAGCGAGGCGCAGCUGUACCGCCAGUUUACUACCGCGGUUCAGGUUGUCAUCUUCAUUGGCUCGCUGCUCGGAAACUUCAUGGUGUUAUGGUCAACUUGCCGCACAACCGUGUUCAAAUCUGUCACCAACAGGUUCAUUAAAAACCUGGCCUACUCUGGGAUUUGUGCCAGUGUGGUCUGCGUGCCCUUUGACAUCAUCCUGAGCACCAACCCUCACUGCUGCUGGUGGAUCUACACAAUGCUCUUCUGCAAGGUGGUCAAAUUCCUACACAAGGUCUUCUGCUCUGUGACCAUCCUCAGUUUCCCGGCCAUUGCACUGGACAGGUACUAUUCUGUCCUCUAUCCUCUGGAGAAAAAAAUAUCUGACGCCAAGUCUCGGGAGCUAGUGAUGUACAUCUGGGCUCAUGCUGUGGUGGCCAGUGUCCCCGUGUUUGCUGUGACCAAUGUAGCUGACAUCUAUGCUAUGUCUACCUGCACAGAAGCCUGGAGCAACUCCUUGGGCCACCUGGUGUAUGUUCUGGUCUACAAUGUCACCACAGUCAUUGUGCCUGUGGCUGUGGUGUUCCUCUUCCUAAUCCUCAUCCGGAGGGCCCUGAGUGCCAGCCAGAAGAAGAAAGCCAUCAUCGCUGCGCUGAGGACCCCACAGAACACCAUCUCCAUCCCCUAUGCCUCCCAGCGGGAGGCUGAACUACAUGCCACCCUGCUCUCCAUGGUGACAGUUUUCAUACUCUGCAGUGUGCCCUAUGCCACCCUCGUUGUCUACCAGACCGUGCUCAACAUACCUAACACUUCUGUCUUCUUGCUUCUCACUGCGAUCUGGCUGCCCAAAGUCUCUCUGUUGGCCAACCCCGUGCUCUUCCUAACUGUAAACAGAUCUGUACGCAAGUGCUUGGUAGGGACCCUGGUGCAGCUGCACCACCGGUACAGUCGCCGCAAUGUGGUUAGUACAGGGAAUGGGGCGACUGAGGCCAGCCUAGAACCCAGCAUGCGCUCUGGCAGCCAGCUCUUGGAAAUGUUCCACAUUGGGCAGCAGCAGAUCUUUAAGCCCUCGGAGGAUGAGGAUGAGAGUGAGGCCAAGUAUCUUGGCUCAGAUGAUUUCCAGGCCAAGGAGGUACCCACCUCUUGCCCAGAGGGAGAACAGGAACCACAGCUUACACCCUCUGUACCACCCCUGGGCACAGUGGACUCUGUAUCUCAGGUGGCCCCCGUAACCCCUGUGGAGCCUGGGGUAUUUCCUGAUAAGUAUUCUCUGCAGUUUGGUUUUGGGCCUUUUGAGUUGCCCCCUCAGUGGCUCUCUGAGACCCGAAAUAGCAAGAAGAGGCUGCUUCCCCCACUGGGCAAUACUCCAGAAGAGCUGAUCCAGACAAAGGUGCCCAAAGUAGGCAGGGUAGAGCGGAAGAUGAGCAGGAACAAUAAGGUGAGCAUUUUCCCAAAGGUAGACUCGUAGCAAGGACCGUAAGUGCCUGGAAGCAGCAGGGAGCUUGUUCCGUUCCUGCCCUCCCUCCGCUCUUGGCUGCAAGCCAUGGUGGGCUGACUCCUCCUCUGUGGGCAGCAUGCUUCUGAAAGAAAGGGAAGUCUACAUAAAAUCCAAUGUCCUCUUUAUUGAGGGAGUAU